UACUACCAUAUUUGUUCUGACAUCAAAUUCCGGGCCACUUUUGUCCCUCAAACUGUCUUCGUAAAGGUCCGUGCUCCGCGGUUUCUAGAACUGAGGUGACAAGACAGGAUCGACCGGCCGGGACUUGCCAUCUACAUGCCUACGUACAGGAUGUACAUGCACGACCUUUGACGCUCUUGAAGUACGUCGUAGGCUGGCACUAGCUAUGAUACCUCGAAAAAAGUGAUGUCGCGCCUACUACGAUUGGCUUCUUAGCCCACUAAAGACGCUCGGAACAAUUAAGAUGCACUUCCGCAUCAAGGCUACAGCCUUGUUGACGCGUGUACAACACGUUUUUGUGAGGGAUGGACCCUCAAGUGUCAACAGGACUUUCAAGGCCGAUAAGAAGGUCGCCUUGCGGAAGCAACUACAAUGAAUACCUUGUAUAUCCUGAGGAUUCAGAAUCCUUUAAACGAGAAACCGAGCUCCCAUCGAAGCUCGAUUUUAUGGAUGGUUUAAGAACCUUUGAGUUCGAGUCAUCCACAGCACCAACGGUGCUCUGGUCUUCUGAUGACCUUGAUCUUCACCUCGAGGAUACGGACGAUGCAGCAUAUAUCGAGAAUCUGGCUAUCCACCAAUUGCAAGCAUCUAACGCUGCCCGAUAUCGGUAUCCAGGAUCAUCUGCAACUGGAGACUUCUUAGGUUUACCACAGUUGAGCCCUGAUGAAUCACCGUUCAGUGUCGCGUCGAGCAGGUCCCCCUUGACUCCACAAGGCGGCGCCCUUCUCCCUGACCUCUUCUGUGGUCCGUUGGAAGACUUUGGGCCUCUCGAUGUCGCAGCGCAUUGCACUCCGUUUUUUGAGGAAGAAGGAUUUAUGGAAGACUCGGCUUAUCCUGAACAAUUGCAAGAAGACCUUGCCUGCCGGGCGGUCUUGGAUAUGCCUUCUUCAGUACCAUCCUUAAAGAAUGUGUCUCAGCCGAAGCUUGUGCUUCCAGUUGACGAUGCUGAGCUGGUGCAUGACUCGUCGUCUAUCUUGCCAGACUCUAAUCCCGCGGAGCGAUCUCGUUUCCUAAGAUUUACAGAGGGCUUGACGGAGAACGUUACAUCACAAGUGCAAAUCUGCAUUUCUCCAAGCUCAUCCCCCUGUCCGCUCCGUACUAACGUACAGCAUCCGAGUCAGCUCCCGUCGCCUUUCAACCCAAGUCAUGUUGGUAUUAAACCGGCUGACGUUUGUCGAGGAGCCAAGCGCCGACGGACCGACGAUGACGAUGACGAUGACGAUUACCAACCCAAUCGCAUCCAUAAACGGGCAGCAUCCAAGGCUAGGAAAGUCAGUUAUCGUUCCUCAAGAGUGACAAGGCACGAGGGAGCCAAGGAAGAGCGAUUUGACUGUUUGAUGAAAAUUCAUGGCUGCAAAAAGUCUUUUACGCGUCGAAACGACAUGGAGAGGCACUUGGGGAGUUGCAAGUUUAGCCCAGGCCUGCCUUCGAUGACAGUCAAAUGCCCUCAUUGCCAGAAAUUCCUGUCCCGUAAAGAUGCUCUUCUGCGCCACAUUAAGCAGAGCCAUGUGGAUGCCCAGUAGCAAGACAUCAUAAUGUACAUAGACGUUGGUUUUGGCAUCCAGCCAGACAACUUGAGUUUGCUUCAAUCAGGACCAAUUCUUAUUCUUGCACGUCACAACUACAUGUAGCCAUAGCGGUAUCAAUCCUUACUUGCAUUUCAUUCCUCACGAAGUCUGCGAAUCUUUCUUUUCUUACACGACAAACCCACCAUUUUGUAAAUAUUUUAAAAUAGCAAUUAUCUAUCCACCUGCGUUGUUCGUAUGGUUUUUGCGCAGUACACAACGCAAGCGCAGCGAGCGACUUUGUUGUCGCAUUUAUUUGGUUUUACUACAGAGCGUGGUCAAUAAAAAUGUAUUCUAGUCUAAUUACUCAGCGGCGGCAACACUAUGGACCAUUUGAAACUCCGUCAGGACUCGCCGGUACUA